AUGGAGUCUAUUGUUAACUGCCAGCUCAUAAGGUACCUUGAGGAUCACCAGCUGAUUAGUGAUCGCCAAUAUGGUUUUCGCCGUGGUCGGUCAGCUGGUGGUCUUCUGGUCUACCUAACUCACAGAUGGGCGGAGGCAGUAGAGUCCAAGGACGAGGCAUUGGCCGAGAAUUCAGAUAACAGCUCUUCAGAUCCAGACGUUCCAGCCGCACCUUCACCAGACAUUCCAGCCGCACCUUCACCAGACAUUCCAGCCGCACCUUCACCAGAAAUUCCAGCCACACCUUCACCAGACAUUCCAAUCGCCCCUUCACCAGACAUUCCCAUCGCCCCUUCACCAGACAUUCCCAUCGCCCCUUCACCAGAUAUUCUCGCCGAACCUUCAUUGGACAUACCAGGACCUCUUCCGCCACCGGCAGAUCAUCAAACGCCAUCAUCUUCACAGCAGUUAAAUAGUGAAAUAUUCAUUGAAUAA